CUCCUCCUCCUCCUCAGACAGACCAUAAACACUCCCCGACCUCCUCCUCCUCCCCUGCUACACGUUAAAGCACAAAGACGCUCUUUUCUCGCUUCACUCCCACAUCUACAACCUCCAUCAGCGCUUCUGAUCCUCUCCCGGUUCAUCUUGCAAACUAGCACCAUGGUUUCCCAUAAGGAGUUUGAAGCUGCAGGGAAGGAGCCGGGCCUGCAGGUGUGGCGCAUCGAGAACUUGGACCUCAAACCAGUUCCCAAGGCCCUGCAUGGCAGCUUUUACACCGGGGACGCCUACCUGCUGCUCCUCACCACCGCGGCACCGUCGCACAACAUUCACAUGUGGCUGGGGGAUGAGUGUUCCCAGGACGAGAGCGGGGCGGCGGCCAUCUUUGCCACACAGCUGGAUGACUUCCUGGGCGGAGGGCCGGUGCAGUUCAGGGAGGUGCAGAACUGCGAGUCCACCACGUUUCUGGGAUACUUCAAGUCAGGCAUCAAGUACCAGAAAGGCGGCGUGGCCUCAGGUUUCAAGCACGUGGUCACCAACGAUAUGGACGUGAAACGCCUGCUUCAUGUCAAGGGUCGCAGGGUCAUCAGAGCCACUGAGGUUGACCUGACCUGGAGCAGUUUCAACAAGGGAGACUGCUUCAUCAUCGACCUGGGAAAGGACAUCUACCAGUGGUGCGGCAGCGAGUGUAACCGAUUUGAGCGUCUGAAGGCCUCUGAGGUCGCCAUCGACAUCAGAGACAAUGAGAGAAACGGCCGAGCGAAGCUGCAGAUGGUGGAGGAAGGUGAAGAGCCGGCCAAACUCACAGAGGUUCUUGGGCCCAAAACCGCCAUUGCUCCCAGCACUCCGGAUGACGACAAGGUGGACACUGGCAACAAGAAGAAGGGUGUCCUCUACAUGAUCUCAGAUGCAUCUGGUUCGAUGAAGGUCACGUCUGUGGCUCCUUCCAGCCCCUUCAAGCAGGCCAUGCUGUCUCCUGAAGAGUGCUACAUCCUGGACAAUGGGGUGGACAGGAACAUCUUUGUGUGGAAAGGUCCCAAGGCCAACGUAUCAGAGCGUAAAGCAGCCAUGUCUGCAGGUCAGCAGUUCAUCAAGGACAAGGGGUAUUCCAACAAAACACAGAUCCAGGUGCUCCCUGCAGGAGGCGAGACGACUCUGUUCAAGCAGUUCUUCAGCGACUGGAGGGACAAGGAUGAGACCACAGGCCCCAGGAAGGCCUACACCAUCGGCCGCAUCGCCAAAGUGGAGCAGGUGCCCUUCGAUGCCUCCUCCCUGCACUCAAACAAAGCCAUGGCCGCCCAGCACGGCAUGGUGGACGACGGCAAGGGCAAGGUCCAGAUCUGGCGUGUUGAGAAUGGCGACAACGUUCCAGUGGAUCCCUCCUCCUACGGUCAGUUCUUCGGUGGAGACUGUUACCUCAUCCUCUACAGCUACAGACAGGGAAGCAGGGAGCAGCACAUCAUUUACACCUGGCAGGGGCUGAAGUGCACGCAGGAUGAACUGGCAGCUUCAGCGUUCCUCACCGUGAGGAUGGAUGACUCAAUGGGAGGAGCCCCAGUUCAGGUACGAGUGACUCAGGGUCAGGAGCCUCCUCACCUGAUGAGCCUCUUCCAGGGCAAACCCAUGAUCAUCCACAGCGGAGGAACGUCUCGUAAAGGCGGACAGUCGAAGGCCGGCGGCACCCGCCUUUUCCACAUCCGCCAGAGCUCUUGCCGCGCCACCCGGGCCGUGGAGGUCGAACCCACUGCCUCCAAUCUGAACACCAAUGACGUGUUUGUGCUGAAGUCUCCGAAGGCGCUGUACGUGUGGCGAGGUGUUGGCGCCAGCGAUGAGGAGAUGACGGCGGCUAAACAUGUGGUGGGCUUCCUGGGUGGAACGGUCACCCAGGUGUCAGAGGGCAAAGAGCCAGCUGAUUUCUGGUCUGCUCUGGGGGGAAAGAAGGAUUAUCAGACCUCAAAGAGUCUGCAGAACACGGUCCAACAGCCACGUCUGUUUGGCUGCUCCAACAAAACUGGACGACUCAUCGUGGAGGAAGUUCCAGGAGACUUCACUCAGUCGGAUCUGGCCACUGAUGACGUCAUGAUCCUGGAUACCUGGGACCAGCUCUUCCUUUGGGUUGGCAAAGACGCGAAUGCAGAGGAAAGGAACGGAGCACCGAAAAUAGCUAAAGACUAUGUAGACUCAGACCCAUCUGGUCGCAAAGGACUUCCCAUCACCACCAUCAAACAGGGAGCAGAGCCUCCAACUUUCACUGGCUGGUUCCAGGCUUGGGAUCCCAAGAUGUGGGACACAGAUCCAUUGGAAAGAAUCCGUGCACGUUUCUAAGCACAAAACUCCAGGCUCUUCCCCUCAUUUUAACUCCUUUACCUGCCCAACACUCCACUCUGCCAUUUUUGUUCAUUUUAACUCUGAUCCCUAAGUGCCAAAACCAAUGUUAAUACCGUUAUCAGGCUGAAUGGCUGCCUCUAUGCCUUGGUCACGGUGCAGUGCACCGGACUUUGUCAACAGGAAUGCAUCACAUCAGUAGUCCAGUAGUGUCCUCUGGUAGCAUUAUCUUUAAUUUGUAGAAGUGGUUUAUUGAUAUGCUGCAUCCAAUAGCUUGUUGCCUUCACGUCUUCAGCAAAUACCCACUGAGGCCCUCUAAUGAUGAGGAAAUGGGAAAACAGGAAAGCUAUUUUAUGCACUUGGAGAAAUCGUCUGUUUGCUUUCACUGUAGUGCACUAGUGCUGAGAUGCUUUCCUUCUGUUUGUCUUAGACAUCUGUUUGCUUUUCAUAAUGAAGUAGUACAGCAUGUUGAAACUGUUUCCUUCCUAACUACAUGUUUGCACGUUUUACCUGGUACUGGAAAGUUGUACACUUAUAAAAGUUGCAUGCUGCAUUUUUUAAAAUUGUAUUCUGUGCUUGUGAAUUUGAAAAGGCUUACAGUGAUAUAAACACGUCAGUUGUGUUGACUCUUUGUUAAAUGACCCUGAAUUUGUCCCUGAAUGGCUUUUAAAUAAAACUGCCAGAGUUUCAAA